AUUUCUACUACUGCCUAGCAACAAUGAAGGAGGGAAGAGAGGCAAAUCCUAUUACUGAAGGCAAGUGAGCCACUACGUGCUAGCACUCACAGCUAACAUUACCAUUAGAAAUAUGGAUACUGAGGAGAAGAGAACACAGCACUGCAUUGUCCGGCAAGGGAAACACCAGAUGUAAAAGCUCCAAGACAUCGGCUGCAAACACCAGACGAGCCCGAUCGGAACAGGAACGAGAACUACCGUCCUUUUGUUCGAACAAUGAACAAAAAGCCCCAAGACAAGGACAACACUUAUGAGCAGGGAAGGUAACGCGGCAACGGGCAGACAGAUGGACAGAUUGGAUACCGUGAAAAGCGAUCGCAGGAAGCAGACUGCUGGGGGAUGUGCGCAUGUUCGAUAGCAUCUUUUUUGCUGAAGUGAUGGCGUGCCAAAACUAUUUUCUGGGGGUAUAAUCCUUGCACCAUAAAUGGCCUGACCAAGGAAGAGUGAGCCACUUGCAGAGAAUCACUCAACAAAAGCAAAAGAAAAUGAAUACCAAAGAAUAGCAGUGGAUCCAGAAAGGAAGGGAAAAGCAUUUUGCUUGGCCAUUGUCUCAUCAUUGGAUUCUUACAACAUGCUUCAGUGGAGAAGACGACACUGCUGCUUUGCAAAGAUGACCUGGAAUACCAAAAGGUCUCUAUUUCGCACCCAUCUCAUUGGCCUGGUCUCUCUCGUAUUCCUUUUUGCUGUGUUUCUGUUUUUUAAUCAUCACGACUGGCUGCCAGGCAGGGCUGCUUUCAGAGAAAAUCCCAUGGCUUACACUAUACGAGGAUUUAGGUCUACUAAGAGUGAGAUGAACCACAGCUCUCUAAGGAACGUGUGGAAAGACGCCGUACCUCAGACUCUCAGGCCUCAAACAGUCAUCAACUCCAACAACACCGAGCUGUCACCCCAAGGAGUUACCGGUUUGGAAAACACACUCAGUGCCAAUGGAAGUAUUUACAACGAGAAAGGUGCUGGGCAUCCAACUUCGUAUCAUUUCAAAUACAUCAUCAACGAGCCUGAAAAAUGCCAGGAGAAGACCCCUUUUCUAAUUUUGCUCAUUGCUGCAGAGCCAGGCCAAGUGGAAGCUAGACAGGCGAUUCGACAAACCUGGGGUAAUGAAAGCCUGACACCUGGCAUCCAAAUUGUUCGCAUCUUUUUGCUGGGGCUAAGCAUCAAGAUAAACGGAUACCUCCAGCGCACCAUACGAGAGGAAAGUAGACAAUACCAUGACAUCAUUCAACAAGAAUAUUUAGACACCUAUUAUAAUUUAACCAUUAAAACUCUGAUGGGAAUGAACUGGGUUGCAUCUUAUUGUCCAAGUGUUCCGUAUGUUAUGAAAACUGACAGUGAUAUGUUUGUCAAUACUGAGUAUUUAAUACACAAGCUUCUGAAACCAGAACUUCCUCCAAGGCACAAAUAUUUUACAGGUUAUUUAAUGAGAGGUUACGCACCUAACAGGAACAAGGAUAGCAAGUGGUACAUGCCACCUGAUUUGUAUCCAAGCGAACGUUAUCCUGUAUUCUGCUCUGGAACCGGUUAUGUUUUUUCUGGAGAUUUAGCAGAAAAAAUCUUUAAAGUCUCCUUAGGCAUCAGACGUUUACAUUUAGAGGAUGUAUACGUGGGGAUCUGCCUUGCCAAGCUGCGAAUUGACCCUAUGCCUCCACCCAACGAGUUUGUCUUCAAUCACUGGCGAGUUUCUUACUCCAGUUGUAAAUAUAGUCACCUAAUUACCUCCCAUCAGUUCCAACCUAGUGAACUGAUCAAAUACUGGAACCACUUACAACAGAAUAAGCACAAUGCCUGUGCCAAUGCAGCGAAAGAAAAAGCAGGCAGGUAUCGCCACCGUAAACUGCACUAGAAGGACAGCACUCCCUCUAUCAAAUAUAUCCCACGUGCAAUUUGUAAAUAUCGCUGAACGCAUGUACAGUGAAAAGUGGAUGAGCUUAACGGGACAGCCUUUAGUUGAUCCCCAUCUCACAUAGUGGAGUCUGAAAAUUAUUUUUUUAAUUUAAAAUAAAAAGUAUAGUUCUUGAUAACACUACUAUUAUGAAACCAUAACCAAAAGGUUUUCCCAGCAAAUUUGAAGAAAAAAGAUAAGAUUUUUUGUGUUAAUGUGCAAUAAUAAGCAUGCACACUUUGGUGGUCCAAUUGCUGACUUCUGUGCCAAUAAAAUAUAAUUGAGCAUAUUUUCCACACAAAUUUUAUUUAAAAAAUGCAUCCAUACCUCCAGUUCUUUUCAGUGUAAUGAUUUGUUAUCUCGAAUUGCUAUAAGUAAAAUGAAAAAUGAGAAACGAAGGAAAUGCACAAAGGGCAGAUCAGUUUUACCUUCGAAUACCACAUUAAAAUUAUUAUACACUUCUUUAACAUACAACAUAUUUAGCAGUGUCACAUUUACAAUUAAGAUACUACCAAAAGAACGCUAAAACAAUGCUGAAGUACUCCGUUAAAGUACAUCCAGUUCUGGCAUGGUUGCUUUUUGGGAGGGAUUAGGAAAAAGAAGGAUAAAUGAAAACAAAGUUCAGACUACCACUUUGUACAUCGCCUUCUGAAAUGUUACUGGUGUUCUUGAUUCAACUCCAGUUUCAACUACAUCCUCCUGAAAGAGGUGACAAAGUUGCUUAAUUCUGUAGAAGUCAUAGGGCAAGCUCCUAAAUUCUGGUGCCAAGUAACAUUCAUUUUGGCAUCUUCGUGCAAAUUCAUUGAAUCUGCUAUUAAUUUCUUUACAUAACUUCAAGACAGCUCAAAGGCUGAUUGGAUAUGCAAAAUGGAACUUCAAGCCUUUCACCACAGUCUCAAAAACUUUCUGUUUUGUAAAAGAGGGAGGAAACCUACUAAAUCUUUGUUGAUUUUGCUCUUCACUGCCUUUAAGAAAAAAAAA